GCUCUCACCUGCACAAACUCUGAAGACAAGAUGAGUCUGCCGGACUACAGAUCACCCGAAAAACAGUCCACGCCCGCGGUCCCAAUGAAGUCUGCGCCACAUCUCACAGGGAAAUGUCCGUCAUUUUAUACGUAAAAGGUACAAUAUUUAGGAAACGUGGAAGCAUCUGGCACUCUCCUGUUGUGCAGCUGAAUGUCGGCGGCCACCUGUUCAGCACCUCUCUGAGCACACUGAGGAAACACCCCGACUCCAAGCUGGCCGAGCUUUUCAGUGGACAGCCCAAACUGCGCACUGAUGCACAGGGAUGCUACUUCAUCGACCGGGAUGGUUCGCACUUUGGAGCUGUGCUCGAGUUCCUGAGGUCAGAGCGGCUGCCCACAGAGAACAUCCACGAGGUUCACAGGGAGGCAGUGCACUACAACAUCAAGCCGCUCAUCAAACGGUUGGAAGAAACUCCUCAGCUGUUCGGAGAGCUGGUGGGAAGACGGCAGUUCCUCUCCAGAGUCCCCCACUACAAAGAGAACAUCGAGGUGCUGAUCCGUAUCGCCAGAGCGGAGGCCAUCGCAGCCCGCCGCUCCAACAUCAUGAUCUGUGUACUGCGGACAGAGGAGGAUUUGGGUUUCUAUGACAACGCCAUCAACAGCCUGGAAGCGGAUAAGGAGUCCGUGGUGACGUUCGGGCCCUGGAAGGCCGCCCCCUCCGUUGAAGACUUGUUGGACUGUGUGAGGAUGGACAUCGAGAGUCAGGGCUACAAGGUGAGCAUCCAGCCUCACGUCAUGGAGAAAAGCUUCCUGUCCAGGAGCUACGACUUCUUCUACAAACUCACAUUCACCUGGUGGUGACGGGCUGUUUUCAUUCAGAGCAGGAGAGGAGGCUGGACACGCUGUUUCUGGAAAUCACACAAUGGAUAAAUUUCACUUGUUCAAACACCAAGUUGCUUCAGAUUUUCCUAAAUACUUUAAAGCCACUGAUGAAAAAAAACAUCUUGAGUUUGAACAUUAACCAUUUUAGACACCAGGGGUCAGUACAGCAUCUGUAGAUGAUGAAUUUCAAAGUGAUGGAUCCACCAGAGUAUUUAUAUAUUCACAGUUUAUUAAAAGCUGUGAAAGCUCUUCAUCUUCUAAUUAAUUUUAAAAAGUAUUGCUUCAUGUUGUGUGUAAUGUCAGGGAAAUCGUGCUUUACUGAUACUAAACUUUAAUAAACAAUAAA